UCAACUUGAACAUGUAGUCCAUUCUGGUGGAAAGACGAAGCUACUACGAAAACCACUGAUGGAUGUCCCUCAAGAGGGAGAGGAUGCUGUUGGUGGAGAUCAGAGAGGCAGAGCAGCAUGUGCCGUGUCCAGCCACGUGUCCAUGAAGAAUGAGGAGCCCGUCACUGAUGGACAUCAGGGGGUCAGCACAGGAAGAGUGAUGUCUUAUCCAAGCCCACAGACACACAGACCAGUGUCUCCAGUGCCCAGCUGUGUGUCCAUGAAGAGUGACCAGUCCAUGGGACCACCUCUCAAUUUCAGCAGUGUACCACCACAGUCUGAUCCACACCCACAGACACACAGACCAGUGUCUCCAGUGACCAGCUGUGUGUCCAUGAAGAGUGACCAGUCCAUGGGACCACCUCUCAAUUUCAGCAGUGGACCACCACAGUCUGAUCCACACCCACAGACACACAGACCAGUGUCUCCAGUGCCCAGCUGUGUGUCCAUGAAGAGUGACCAGUCCAUGGGACCACCUCUCAAUUUCAGCAGUGUACCACCACAGUCUGAUCCACACCCACAGACACACAGACCAGUGUCUCCAGUGACCAGCUGUGUGUCCAUGAAGAGUGACCAGUCCAUGGGACCACCUCUCAAUUUCAGCAGUGGACCACCACAGUCUGAUCCACAUGUUUGGAGGAGCAGUCUAACUGAGCAUGCUCCAGUCAACAGGGCUGAACUAGCAGACAAGCAUGUCCUGAACAAAGCACUGAUGACCCAUAAAGCCAGCAUGAAGAGGAGGUUUGAGAGCAUAUGUGAAGGCAUCAUAAGGUCGGGGACUCAAACACUCCUGAACAAGAUCUACACAGAGCUCUACAUCACAGAGGGAGAGAGUGAAGGGGUGAAUAAUGAGCAUGAGGUUUGGCAGGUAGAGUCAGCAUCCAGGCCACAAACCACAGAGGACACAGGAAUCAACUGUAAUGACAUCUUCAAGCCCUUACCUGGACAGGAGAGACACAUCAGAAUUGUGAUGACCAAGGGGAUUGCUGGCAUUGGAAAAACUGUGUCCGCGCAGAAGUUCAUCCUUGACUGGGCAGAAGAGAGAGCUAACCAGGAUGUAGAUUUCAUGUUUGUGCUUCCAUUCCGUGAGCUGAAUUUGGUCAAACAUGAUCAGUACAGUCUUCACAGGCUCCUGCUUGACUUCCACCCUGAGCUUAGAGAGCUACAGAAUGGUGAAUACAAAGACUGCCACAUUGUGUUCAUCUUUGAUGGUCUGGAUGAGAGUAGACUUCCUCUGAAAUUCCAAGAGAACCAGAAGUUGUCUGACGUGACACAAACAUCAUCAGUGGAUGUGCUGAUGACGAGCCUCAUUCAGGGAACUCUGCUUCCCUUUGCUUCCAUCUGGAUAACCUCCCGACCAGCAGCAGCCAGUCAGAUCCCUUCUCAGUGCAUCAAUCUGGUGACAGAAGUACGAGGGUUCAAUGACCCACAGAAGGAAGAGUACUUCAGGAAGAGGAUCAGUGACCAGAAUCAAGCCAACAGAAUCGUCUCACACAUUAAGAGAUCCAGGAGUCUCCACAUCAUGUGCCACAUGCCAGUCUUCUGUUGGAUCUCAGCCACUGUUCUUCAGCAGAUACUGGAACAGGAUGAUGGCAAAGAAGCCCCCAAAACACUGACUGCAAUGUUCAUACACUUCCUGCUCAUCCAGACUACCAGGAAGAACCAAAAGUAUCAAGAGGAAAAGGAACCACAUAAGGUUGUCAUAAUGAAACUGGCAGAGCUGGCUUUCAAGCAUCUGGAGAAUGGCAAUCUCAUGUUCUAUGAGGAAGACCUGAGAGAGUGUGGCAUUGAUGUCAGUGAAGCUUCAGUGUACUCUGGCAUGUGCACUGAGAUCUUCAGAGAAGAAUGUGUGUUUCACCACAAGAAGGUCUACUGCUUUGUGCAUCUGAGCAUCCAGGAGUUUCUAGCAGCCAUAUUUGUGUUUCAUUCCCAUAUGUUAGGAAAUCUGGAUGUACUGAAGUCUUUCUUCAGUGAAAAACACAGAAAUAUGACAGGCUCCCUUCCUUUGGAUAUUCUGUUGAAGAGUGCUGUUGAUAAAGCUUUGUGUAGCAAGAAUGGACACCUGGACCUUUUCCUUCGCUUCCUUGUUGGCAUCUCAGUGGAGAGCAAUCAGGCCCUUUUAGAGGGCUUGUUGACAAACACACACAGCAGCUCAGAGAGCAUCCAGAAAACAUGUCACUAUAUCAAAGUUCUCAAGUGGAAAGAUCCAUCUCCUGAAAGAUACAUGAAUCUUUUCCACUGCUUGUUUGAAAUGAAUGAUCAUUCUCUACAUGAAGAAAUUCAGAAAUAUAUGCAAUCUCCAGAUGGCAUUUGCAGUACAUUAUCACCUGCCCACUGUUCAGCACUGGCCCACAUGCUUCUGAUGUCCGAGGAGGUGCUGGAUGAGUUUGACUUGAGCAAAUACAAAACAUUAGACGAGGGACGAAGGAGACUGGUACCAGUGGUGAGAUGCUGCAGGAAGGCUCUACUUGCUGACUGUAAGCUAACAGAGAAAUCCUGUGAGAUUGUGGCCUCAGCUCUGCAGUCUGCAAACUCUCCCUUAAGAGAGCUGGACCUGAGUCAGAAUGACCUGCAGGAGUCAGGAAAAAAGCUGCUGUCUUCUCUUCUGAGUCCAAACUGCAAACUGGAGACACUGAGACUUGCUGACUGUAAGCUAACAGAGAAAUCCUGUGAGAUUGUGGCCUCAGCUCUGCAGUCUGCAAACUCUCCCUUAAGAGAGCUGGACCUGAGUCAGAAUGACCUGCAGGAGUCAGGAAAAAAGCUGCUGUCUUCUCUUCUGAGUCCAAACUGCAAACUGGAGACACUGAGACUUGUUGGCUGUAAACUGAAAGGGGGAUUUUUGGCUUUGGCUCACAAGGGAGCAAACUCCCACCUAAGAGAGCUGGACAUGAGUGACAGUGAGCUUCAGGACAGUGGAGUAGAACUGCUCCAUCAACCACUGAAUCAAGACUGUAAAGUGAGACUUACCAGGUGUAAACUCAAACACAGCUCAUGUGAAGUGGUCUCAGUCCUGCAGUCAUAUAUUUCUCAGCUGAGUGAGUUGGACAUGAGUGGCUGUGAUCUGCAAGCAUCAGAAGAGAAGCUGCUCUCUGGUCUUAGAAACCCAAACUGCCGACUGGAGAAACUGAGACUUGAUGACUGUAAAUUGAGAGUGAGAUUUCUGGCCUUGACUCUUCAGUGGGCAAACUCCCACCUAAGAGAGCUGGACAUCAGUGACAGUGAGCUUCAGGACUGUGGAGGAGAACUGCUCCAUCAACCACUGAAUCAAGUCUGUAAAGUGAGACUUACCAGGUGUAACCUCAAACACGGCUCAUGUGAAGCUGUGGUCCUGCAGUCAUAUCAUUCUCAGCUGAGUGAGGUGGACAUGAGUGGCUGUGAUCUGCAAACAUCAGAAGAGAAGCUGCUCUCUGGUCUUAGAAACUCAAACUGCCACCUGAAGAAACUGAGUCUUGUUGGCUGUAAACUGAGAGGAAGAUUUCUGGCCUUGACUCUUCAGUGGGCAAACUCCCACCUAAGAGAGCUGGACAUCAGUGACAGUGAGCUUCAGGACUGUGGAGAAGAACUGCUCCAUCAACCACUGAAUCAAGACUGCAAAGUGAGACUCAUCAGCUGUAGACUCAAAGACAGCUCCUGUGAGGUUGUGGUCUCAGUUCUGCAGUCAUAUAUUUCUCAACUGAGUGAGUUGGACAUGAGUGGCUGUGACCUGCAAACAUCAGAAGAGAAGCUGCUCUUUGGUCUUAGAAACCCAAACUGCCACCUGGAAAAACUGAGAUUUGUUGGCUGUAAGCUCACAGAUAAAUCGUGUGAGAUUGUGGCUAUAGUUCUGCAGUCAUCAAACUCCCUGAUGGAGCUGGACCUGAGUCACAAUAACCUGGGAGAUCCUGGAGUUCAGCUCCUCUCUAAGGGACUGUCUAGUCCCCACUGUAAACUGCAGACAUUAAGGCUCAUUAAGUGUGGAAUAUCAGAUGAAGGUUAUGUUUUACUGGCUCUCACCCUGAUGUCAAACCCUUCCUGUAUGAAAGACCUGGGUGUGAGCAACAACCAUCCUGGAGAAUCAGCACAGAAGCUGUUAUCUGCUACACUGGAAGAUCCUCACCACAAAGUUGAAGCAAUUCAGCUGAAUCAGUGUCACCUCUCUAAAGCAAGCUGUGAAAUGAUGGCAUCUGGGCUGCAAAGUGUACAUUCUCAUCUGAGAGAACUGGACAUGAGUGACAAUGACCUGCAGGAUGAAGGAGUGAAGCUGCUCUGUGUGGGACUAAGAGAUCCACAAUGCAAGCUGGAGACACUGAGACUGUCUGGUUGUCUCAUCACACAUGAGGGCUGUUCUCUCUUGUCCUCUGCCCUCAAAUCAAACCCCUCCUACCUGAAACAGCUGGAUCUGAGCUACAAUCACCCAGGAGACUCAGGUGUCAGAGAGCUCACAGACAGACUAAAUGAUCCCAGCUGUAAACUAGAGACGUUGAGGUAUGACCAUGGAGGAGAGUGCAGGAUUAAACCAGGACUGAGAAAAUAUGCCUGUGAGCUCACACUGGACCCAAACACAGCAAGCAGACUUCUCUCUCUCUCUGAGGGGAACAGAAAGGUGACAUGUGGGCAGCAGCAGUCGUAUCCUGACCACCCAGAGAGAUUUGACUACUACCUUCAGGUGCUGUGUAGAGAGGGUCUGUCUGGACACCACCCAGAGAGAUGUGACUGUCUGGGUCAGAGUCUAGUCAGCACGGGUCAGUCUGGACGCUACUACUGGGAGGCUGAGUGGAGUGGUGAUGGUGGUGGUAGGGUUUAUAUAGCAGUGGCCUAUAAAAGCAUGGAGAGGAAAGGGGGGAGUGGGAGCGGCAGCAGUUUUGGAGGUAAUGCCAGGUCCUGGAGUCUGCAUUGCUCUAGUAACAGCUACUUUGCCUGGCACAAUAAUAAGAAGACUGCCAUACCUGCCCCCUCCUCCAGCUCCAGCAGAGUAGGAGUGUACCUGGACUGGCCAGCAGGCACUCUGUCCUUCUACAGCAUCUCCUCUAACACACUCACCCACCUGCACACGUUCCACUCCACAUUCACUGAGCCCCUCUAUGCUGGGUUUUGGGUUGAUUAUACAUGCUCAGUGUCCCUGUGCCAGAUCACAUGACCUCCUAAUCCUGCAGCAGAGGAGUGCCACACACUUCUGUUUGUGUAUUCCUUCUCUUGCCUCAUCUGUAUUGCAUCUUUCCUCCUUCUUAUUCUGCAGGAGAGGAGACUCCUGUUCACACACUCCUGUGUGUGUGUGUGUGUGUGUGUGUGUGUGUGUGUGUGCUCCUUCUCUUGCCUCCUCUGUGUUGCAUCUUCCCCCUGUGUUUGCUGCUCCCUCUGUUUGUGUGUGUGUGUGUGUGUGUGUGUGUGUGUGUGUGUGUGUGUGUGUGUGUGUGUGAGUGAGUGAGUGUGUGUGUGAGUGAAUAUGUGGUUGUGUGUUCUUCCUUUCCUUCUGUUUUAUCAAUUUCUAUUUACAUUAAGUAUCCAAACUAUCAGAUAUCAGAUGCUGAAUUUCUUACAAUUUGAACCUCGUACAUGGUAUGUGUUCUGAAGAUUAAAAGAUGAACAUACAGCAGUGAGAGUGGACAGGUUUUCUCAGGACUGGGAGUGUUAAGCCAGCAUUAUUUUACAUGAGCUAAACACAAAUAAGCUUCAUGAACAAGUGACAUUAAACAGGGCUAUCGUGUGUGUGUGUCCAGAUCUCUAAUAUAACAGUCCUAAUGCCCAUGGACAUAUAUUGUAUUGCCUCUCACUGAGUGGUAUCUAAUGACUUUAGCAACCUUUAUAUCAGCUGUGUCUAUUCCAUGAAAAUGAUGCCAACAUAAUAACAUUCAUGAAUCCAAUCAGCUGGAGAACACAGAUGUGGAUUAGGCUGGUGUGUGCUGUGUCCUUCAUGUUUCUCUGGUCUCUGUGUCCAUCUGAGCUUUCAGCAGGUAAGUGCACACCUGCCACCACUGUCCUCAGCACCUGCCCAAGAGAGCAGAGCGGCUGGUCAACACACUCCCGCUGGCCUCUCAGCUCAAGGCAAGAGCGGAGCUACGGAGGGGCAAGUGGAAUCUGAUGAAGACGCAUCCACAGCCCGACUCAGGCGCCGCGUGAAGAAAGCUGUGGCUGCUGUCGCCCCUUGCCACCUCUGGGCCAAGGGCAGGGGAAGAUGGAGCAGCGUCCUCAAACCUCAUCCCUCCCCAAGCCUCCUCGUCCACUGUGUUGCACCAGGAAACACUUUGCCGGAGCGCUCCAGGCAGUAGGACGUCCACCCAACUCUUUGGCACUGAUGCAGAGUCCUGCAAACAGGAGCAGUGUGUUGUGGCGCCAUGCUCCUCCAACAGCAGCUUGGACUACUUCCUGUACUCAUUCACACAGGCACGCCAACCUGAAAGUGGGAUCCGUUCAACACAAUGUGUUCAGGCAACUGAGCAUGUGGUUCAGAGAAAGGAGUUUAGUGUGUUAGCAGAGAAACAGUGGAGAAGGAGAUGACCGGUCUAGGGCACAAGAGGGCUCAAACAGAGGCUUCUCCUCGCCACCAUCGCCAUCGGCUUACUGUUAAGGGAUUCAGCCUGGAUGUUUUGUUACAAAUAAAAUAUAGAAUUUCAACACCAAUGUACACUUCAUUGUAUGUUUCAUGAUGAUUCCAGUCAUCAGAGUUGAGUGUUUUAGCGAUUGUGAAAAGCUGUAAUGAAUGCAUCCAUGAGGAACUGAGAAGUGUGAAUACUGUGGAGUGUUUUCUCAUUUCAUGUGUGAGGAGGAGGAGCUCAUGAUGAGCUUCUACACGCAAUACUACAUGAACAUGGACGCCUGCGUAGAGAUGCAGCAGAGGCCAUUUUAGGGGGAGAUGGAACAGAAGCCAUUUCAAAUGCACACAUGAAUGAUGUAGCCGUGCAGGACUUGUGCAGGACACUGUAGGCUGAAGGAAAACACAUGGUGUUGAAAAGGCAGCGGCUGAGGCCUGGGUUACGUAAUCAGCACAAGCCCCUUCAGAAGCCUGUUCUCAAGUGCUGCAAUAGCAAUACAUGCAUACAGUACAGUAGCACCUUAUCAUUGCAUCACAUGGCCAGUCCAUACCAGACCUUUGGAAUCACUAAGUUAAGCUUUUUUUUUGUGAGUGAUUUAUAUGUAUAGAUAUACUGUAUGUGUGUAUGUGUGUUUGUUGUGUCAGUUGCAGAAGGCCUACAAUUUCUCGAGAUGAAUUAAGUAUCUAUCUACUGUAUCUAUCUAGUAUUUUGUUGGUGCAUACAUGUUAUACUGUAUACAUCACUUCAGAUAUAUCAAAGUGUUUUACAGCACAGUAAUGUGAUUAAAGUUCUGCCCAGCUGAUGGCUGGUCUGGCGACCCCCUCCCAAGUUGUGUUUAGAGUUCUGUCCAGCUGAUGGCUGGUCUGGCGACCCCCUCCCAAGUUGUGUUUAGAGUUCUGUCCAGCUGAUGGCUGGUCUGGCGACCCCCUCCCAAGUUGUGUUUAGAGUUCUGUCCAGCUGAUGGCUGGUCUGGUCUCCCCCCUCCCAAGUUGUGUUUAGAGUUCUGUCCAGCUGAUGGCUGGUCUGGUGACCCCCUCCCAAGUUGUCCACGGGCCCUGCUGCCCCUGUGCUCCAGCCCUCACUCUGAGCUCCUCCUGCUCAAUCCUGGUGACCUCUGCAACAACAAGGUCCUUCCUCUCCUUCCUGCUUGCCUUGGACCAUAGGAUGGGUGGGGCGCUCCAUCCGAGGCCUGGCCGCCCUGUCUGGAGUGGACCGUGCCCAGCACGUGUUGAUGCUGCAGUCUCCCCAUCAGCUUCUGCACCUCCUCCUUGCACCUCCUCCACCUCCUUCCAGUCUCCACUCUGGCGUUAGCAUCAGCCACUGCCCUGUGGGAGGAGUCCCUUAGCUCCAUCCCCAGCCUUGCCUUCUCCUGCCUGUAGCCCAGGGUGAUGGAGUUCAGGGGGAGCUGGAGUGAGCUCCAUCCAUACAGGCCAGCAGCUGAGAAGCAGCGCGGUAGGCCCAGCCAUUUGAUGAAGGAUGAAGGAGUUGGCUUUUGCCUCCGUCUCCAUCUAGGCCUGUCGCACCUCCAGCGGUGCCUGUGGUGGACUGUGCACGGCAGGGGCGUCCUCUUCCCUGAGGCCUAAACUGCCCAUUGCCCAUGGACUUCAUAUUGAGCGUUAAGUUAGGACUGUUGCAAGAGCAUCAAGCUACAGCCCAGUCACUGGCUGUUGGACUUCAAGAUCAUAUGCACUUCUGGCUUUCUAGUCACCACUGACCAUGUGGACUUCGUUCUUUGUUGAUAUGUUUGUUUAUGUGAUGUGUGAUGUGUGUUUUAUGUAGCCUGCCACACUCAUUACAUAAUGGGUACGCUGUGUGUAUGUGUGUUUUAUGUAGCCUCAGCCUGUCACACUCAGGGUACGGUGUGUGUGUGUGUGUAUGAUAUGUGUGUUUUAUGUAGCCUACCACUCUCAUUACAUAACGGGUACGUGGGCGACUUUACCACAUCUGUGCUGUUAGUGUUAGGAGCACUUGGGUUGCACUCUGCAGGGUGUUGAACUGGGGAGCAGCGCUCAUUGACCUUUGACCUUAACCCAGAACAUCUCCUGGUGGAGGGGCAGCGCUCAUUGACCUUUGACCUUAACCCAGAACAUCUCCUGGUGGAGGGGCAGUGAACAGGGACGUCUCCCUGACCACACCCCCUGCAGCAGAACCUGAUUGGAUGUUACUCCCCAAGCCUUGUGUGCUGGUUUCAGCCAGAGCCAGUGGCUUUGCUUACUCAGCUUCCUCAGAGAGCUGUUUGGUGGAUGUGCUCAGUGUGUCUCCACGUAGUCCCAGGUCCUUGAGCAGGCGUGAUGUUGAUCUGCCCACAAAGCCUCUGGCUCCCACCUCCACCGGCUACAGCCUCACACUCACUCCAUCCACUUUCUCUGCACUCCGCCACCAGGUCUGCAUACUUGGCCUUCUUUCUCUCGUAGGCAGCUUCCAGUCCCUCCUCCCAUGGCACUGUCAGCUCCAUCAGUAUUGCUGCCUUCACAGCUGCAGACCACAGCAGCACGUCUGGUCUUAAGGUGCUGCUGCAUAUCUCCUGUGGGAACUGGAGCUGCCUACCCAGGUCUACUUCCAUCUUCCACACCGCCCCUGGUGUUAGUAGCUUGGCGGGUGGUCUCUUGCUGGUCUGCAUUGCGGGUUCCCCCUGCCUGAGGAAGUGGAUCCUGCGU